AGGUCAUCUGAAAGGCAUUGUGUCCGUCGACUGGUCUUUGGAUGGUUAUCACAUCAUCACUGGCAGUACCGACAACAGUUGUCGCGUUUGGGACCUUAGACGGAGGAAUAAGGAGUACACUAUUCCGGCUCACAAUAACGUGGUGUCGAAUGUUGUUUUUGAUAAAAGUCCCCGGAGCGAAUACGUCCUGACCUCAUCCUUCGAUUGCACGGCUAAGCUGUGGGCCACAAAAACUUGGCAGCACAUGGCUACCCUCAAAGGCCACGAUGCCCGCCUCAUGGGUUGUGAUAUUGCACCCGAUGGAUCACUCAUUGCCACUUGCUCUUACGACCGCUCAUUCAAAUUGUGGGCGAGUAAAUUCUGAAGUAAAUCAAUAAAAAAAGUGAAAGAAAAUGCAUCACUUCUUGUUGUAAGAUUGAAAAGGACGUGGAUGCACUGUCGCACUUCUUAUUGGUAUCAAGCGUCAUUUUCAUGAAAAUAUUGCAAAGUAUAACAACCUGAAAUUGCUCUUGAUCUCAAAUUCAGUGUAUUCGACAAAGAAUAAAAAAUAAGCAUA